GAAAAUCAAAUGUUAUUAAUUUUUCAUUUUCAUUAUUUUCAACCAUAUGUGAAUAUUAAUCAUGGCAGGCAGUCUGCUUCAGUUUGAUCCUCCAAGUUCAGGAAGUUCAGAUUGUGACGGCUGUGAAAGAGAUGUGGAGGACCAAGUCUUUUUCCAGGGAGGUGCAGAGGAUGAGGAGGAGCGCAGUGGAGACUUCUACACAGCUCCCGUGUCCCCCCCACCUCCUCCGCAGUCUCCCCGGCCCCCCUCAACUGGGUCACAGAAGUCACCGAGGUCACGCCGCCAGCGCACGACAUCCAUGACGCAGUCCAAGAAGACCUCGUCAGAGUCUGUGAUACGCGGGCUGACCCGCACAAUAUAUACAGCAGGGCGACCUCCAUGGUACAACAGUGCUGGUCAGCAAGUCGAGCCCUUCGUUAUAGGAAUUUGUGGUGGAAGUGCCUCUGGGAAGACUACAGUUGCUACUAAAAUAAUAGAAUCACUAAAUGUACCUUGGGUCACUCUACUCAGCAUGGACUCAUUUUACAAGGUACUGAACGAGAAGCAGCACGAGCAGUCAAUCCGGAACGAGUACAACUUUGAUCACCCGGACUCGUUUGAUUUUGAGUUGCUAAUUCCAACUCUACAUCGUCUCAAAAAGGGGAAAAAAGUCGAUGUGCCGAUUUACAACUUUGUCACUCACAGUAGAGAACACAGGACGAAAACUAUGUACGGAGCCAAUGUGAUAAUAUUUGAAGGCAUUCUUUCAUUUUACAAUAGUGAAGUUCUAAAGAUGCUGGACAUGAAGAUAUUUGUGGACACGGAUGCUGAUGUGCGGCUGGCGCGCAGGCUGAAGCGGGACAUCUGUGAGCGUGGGCGUGACCUAGAUGGUGUUCUCAAGCAGUAUUGCACUAUGGUGAAGCCGGCGUUCUACCACUACAUUGCACCAUCCAUGGUACAUGCAGACAUCAUAGUGCCGCGUGGAGGAGACAACACUGUGGCUAUAGAACUGAUUGUACACCACGUACACACGCAACUGUCCCUGAGAGGGUUCAAGGUGAGAGAGGAGUUGGCACACUGUAAUACUGGCCAGCCUCUGCCCAGCUCUAUCUUCCUGCUGCCCGACACUCCACAGAUCAAGGGCUUGCACACGUUCAUCCGCAACAAGGACACUUCGCGUGAUGAGUUCAUCUUCUACAGCAAGAGACUGAUCCGGCUAGUCAUCGAAUAUGCUCUGUCCUUGCUGCCAUUCAAGGAGAUGACGGUAGAGACGCCCCAGAAUGUGCUGUACCAGGGAAAGCGUUGUGCCAGUGACAAGAUCUGUGGAGUCAGCAUCUUGAGAGCCGGAGAGACAAUGGAGCAGGCUGUCCGGGAUGUAUGCAAGGACAUUCGUAUCGGCAAGAUACUGAUACAGACUAACCAGCAAACUGGAGAGCCAGAGCUAUACUAUCUGAGACUGCCGAAGGACAUCAAGGACUACAAGGUGAUCCUGAUGGAUGCUACUGUGGCAACAGGAGCAGCAGCCAUGAUGGCUAUCAGAGUUUUGCUGGACCAUGAGGUGCCUGAGGAGAACAUUCUUAUUGUCUCUCUCUUAAUGGCUGAAUCAGGAGUACACACCAUCGCCUACGCCUUUCCUCAGGUGAAAAUUGUGACAUCAGCCGUGGAUCCUGAUAUCAACGAGAAGUUCUAUGUUAUCCCUGGUAUCGGAAACUUUGGUGAUCGCUACUUUGGGACUGAGCCCUCAGGAGAGGUUUGAGCGUAAUCCUAGGCUAGCGGUAGUUAGAUGCUUCUGAGUUGAAACAUACCAGUUACCGUCACCAGUACCUGUUCUGCUCAGUGAAUCUCAUUCGUGCUUCAAUUAUUCAGUGAAAUAAAGGCGUUUCAUGUAGUCCAAAGGGAAAAAGUCACUGAGAAAAAUCAUGUACUUGAAUACAAGUUAAAUCCAAAAUUCAAGUGUAUUGUUGAUCCUAAUGAGAAGUUAGAGUACUUUUUCAACAAUGGCUGAUAUUUUAGAGCAAGCGUUGGAGUAGCCAAAUACUUUUUGCUGUAAUUAAAAGGGUUUCAUAAUAAUUAAAAUUAUAACCCGUUAGUUAAAAGGAGACAAAAUAAAACUAUACUAAGAAAAAUUAAAUUCAGAAUUAAUAGUUAAAUUUUCCCCUACAACUAUACUUUCCUGGUUGAAUCAACAUGUUGUUUAAGAUUGAAAAUUUACUUGCAAAUAAAAGGUGUACAUUGUUAUAGUAGUGUUAACUAGUUUUAAAGAAUUAUACUUAUUUUUAUUUCUAGGUUUCUGCGCCUUGAAGUUGGACAUAUUUAAUUAUCUUUAAAAAAUAACUGUAUAUUUGUUUUAAUUAUUUUAUCAAACAUAAUGUACAAUUUUAUAACUUCUAAACUCAGACCAAUUAAAAACACAAUGUAAAAAUAUAAAAGCUUUAUUGUGUUAAAUUAAAUCAACUUAAAAGAUUUUUAUUUUUUAAAUAUUUUUCAGGCAUUGUGUUGGUUACCUCAAUUCUUUUAUAAUAUUACAACAAAUGUUAUGUACUGGAUCAGUUUAGUAUUGGUAUUAUUUUAAGCAACAGGUCUAUUAAAAAACAAUCUUUCAAUGCAUUGGAACCUAAAAUUUAAAUGCACAUAGUCAUUAUGUAACUUUUAAAUUUUACAGGUUUAUUUUUUGGUCAUAUUAACAAUUUAAUGAUUUGUAUGUUUUAUUGUUUUAGAUUAAUUCUAGAUCA